CUUCUCUGAAGCUUGACAGAAUUGCAUCAUCAGUGUUUUGAAAUUGAUUCGAGUUUCUAAUUACUUAAGCAAAAAUGUUUCGAUCAACAAUCUCGAUUUUGAGAAGCCUGGAACCCUUGCAACUCAUGUCACAGCGAAGCAUGACCGGUAUGAAAAACAAAAAGAAUCCGUUCGCCAAAGAAAAGCUUCCUCCUCUAACCGCUAUGGAAACAAUUACCUCGAGAGACCGUGACUUAGAGACCUUGGUUCAAACACAUCUGACUAGUCGGAAGGUGAAGCAUGGUGAUUACGACUUCUCGGAGUGCAAUGAGGGCUACAUACUGUGCUACAUUAAUACGUUACAACGAAAGAAAGAGCCACAAAACGUUUUUUACGGAGUGUUUUAUGGAGAAGACCAUCCGUUAAACUUGCAAGGACCGGUGAAGGGCAUACAAACACUGUUGCAUGGCAAAGACACUGCCAUAUUGAAUGCGAUUCGAAAUUUUCCCAAAAUUGAGGCCAAACAGUUGUGCAUCUGCACCGAUUGUACGCGUACGAUAGGAAUGAUGCGUCGGCUGCCGGAAUACAGUGAAAAUGGUUACCGAAUGUCAGCCGGUAGGAUUCUCGAAAGAAAAGACACAUACGAGCAAUUGACGGCGGCGGUUCGGCUGAGGGAUGAUCUCAAACUUAGGAUAAUGUACACGCCGGCAGAUGUAAUUAUAAAAAUGAGACGAGCGAUGUGGCUGGCUACAUUGGCAUCAAGGGCUGAAAUCGAACAGCAAUAAGCUCGGUUAAUCGUUGCGAACGAAUUCUUGGUGUACAAAAUAGGCUCAACCGACGAAACGUGUGUGCGACACGUUUUUGUUUAUAUCAAUACAUGAUUGAAAUGA